AUGUGGUCUGUGUUGAAACCAUACCAGCCUUAUGCCACAAACUGGCCGUGUGACUCCCAAUUGAAAGGCGCCGUCUGCGAGGCGGGUGACGCCAGCGAGGAGCAGUCCAGCGAGUCGGACGCCAGCGAGCAGAGCUCGUGCAGCGCGCGCAGCGACGAGGACGCGCCGCGACGCGUCGUGCCGCAUCAGCGACCGCAUAGCCACCCCACGAACAAAAGAGUGCGCGUGGUGGGCCGCGUGUGGGUGGCGUCGCUGUCGGCGCGCAGCAACCAGGACCAGCAGCGUCGGUUCGAGGAGCGCGCGGCGCGGCAGAUGCGAGCAGCACUCGCUCGCCGCGCAGCGCUUACACCCAGCAAGGCUAAAGCACCGGCAGGUGGCGUAUACGCGAAAUUGGAGGCAGAAUGGCGCGAGCGCCACGGCCAACGACCUCGCAACGCGGUAUCCGCGCGGCCGCGCCAACCGGCUAACAAAUACAAAUGAAAACUUCACCUACCCUACAAUUAGUCAAAACUUUCGCAAGUAUGCUCACUUUUUACCUACCCGCAAGAAUAGUAAGGCUCACAAUGCAAGGUACUAUUUGUACAAAUGUAUGCAAGUUGUUUUGUAUAUUAUCGUUGUU